UCCGCGAAUGUGCGAGCUGCCUCCUUGCAAGCAGCCAUAAUUGGGAUUAUUCAGGAAUAAUUCGCCUAAUCCUGCCGUGCUGUUUUUUUUUUCUUUCUUUCUGUUUUUUCCCCUCUCAUUUUAACAUCGUGAUUUCGACAACGUGCGCGAUGUGAAAUCCCGGAUCCGUCGCUGGAUUUCUAAAAAAACAAAAAAAACAACAAAAACAAAAAAAAACAACAACAAUGUAUUUGUUCUGUCAUGGAGGAUUUUAUUGUGGACCAUUAAGAUGUAGUCCAUCUGCGCCGGACAGCAAAACAAAGACUGCAUAUUAACGUUUCGGGGUAAAUACAUCGCCUUUUUUUUCUGACUGAAAAGAUGGGAAAAGAGACGUAUCGAGGCGGUUGUCUGUGCGGACUAAUUGUCCUGGUGCCACUGGCCAAUAUACAUGCCAAGACGAUUCAUUUAAGGGAUGCGCGAUCCUUUUUUUCCUCUCUAACGUUUGUGGGUGGGUUAUUAUAAGCAUUGAAAAUCUGACAUCAUUUGGAUACAUGAACAGAUCGAGAUAUGUUUUCCAUCGUUCCUAGCCUGCUGGAAACCCUUCUUCGACGUGAUGCAACAUAAAAUGUGUUUUCUCGGAUCAUAUUCAGACCAAAUGAUCCCAUCCUUCUCUAUGAAACUGUGAAAAAAAACGGGGGGUGGCGGUGGAUAUAUAAAUAUAUAUAUAUAUAUCUUUUUUUGAACCUAUCUCUUAAAUAUGGCUUAACAUCAGCGCUCACCCUGGAUUUGUUUGAUCAGCUGUUGAUUAUUAGAUAGCCUCUGCCGUCUUAUGUUUAUUAUAUGUUGCUCGAUUCGAUUUCCUUGCGAUGGAUUUAUGCAUAACAGGUGUUGUUCGAGCCCGAGAGCACAGCGCAGGCAUGAGGCUUUAUUGUGUGUUUUUCUCUCGAUUUGACAAACGGUGAAUCGAAGCGACUGGGAGCAUUUUUUUUCAUUAUUAUCAUAUUUUUUGUGCCAUAUAUUUUUUUUCUUCUUCCGUGAGGGAGCAACAGCUUCAGUAAAACAGAGAUGAGGGGAUGAAAGGUGGCGAGGUUGUGGACAAAGAGGAAAGAUGAUUCUGUCUUGUGGAAAAGAUCCUCACGGCGUCUCCUUGUAAAGACGAGAGAGUCGUGGGAGACAGCGGCAGUAGGAGGACCGGUACUGUUUGUCAAGAGCCCAAACCGGGCAGGCUCUUGUGGAAGGUGAUAGAAUGUCUAACCAGAGCUUCGCCAUCGAUGGCCCUGGCAGUUUGCUGGCUGUGCUGGCUUCACAGAGUGGACUGGCUAGAGGCGGCAGCAGCAGCAGUGACAGCAGCAGCAAUAGUGGAGGAAUCUCAGCCACAGAUGUGUCUGCCUACUUUAAGCUGGUCUUCUUGGGGUUGAUCAUCUGUAUCAGUCUAGUAGGAAAUCUUUUGGUCUCCCUGCUGGUCCUGCGAGACAGGACACUUCACAAGGCUCCUUAUUUCUUUCUCCUGGACCUGUGCCUGGCCGAUGCAGUUCGCUCUGCUGCCUGCUUCCCCUUUGUGCUGGUUUCCGUCCACAACAGCUCGGCCUGGACUUACAGUGCCUUGAGUUGUAAAGUUGUGGCUUUUAUGGCCGUGCUGUUUUGUUUUCACGCUGCCUUCAUGCUGUUUUGUGUGGCCGUCACUCGCUACCUUGCCAUCGCCCACCACCGAUUCUACGCCAAACGCAUGACCAUCUGGACCUGCGCCGCCAUCAUUUGCAUGGUGUGGACCCUGGCAGUCGCCAUGGCGUUCCCACCUGUCUUUGAUGUGGGGACUUACAAGUUCAUCCGCGACGAGGACCAGUGCAUUUUUGAACACCGCUACCUGAAGACCAACGACACUCUGGGUUUCAUGCUCAUGCUGGCUGUGGUCGUCCUGGCCACUCACGGUUUCUACGCCAAGCUGCUGCUGUUCGAGUACAGGCACCGCAAGAUGAAGCCUGUCCAGUUGGUGCCGGCUAUCAGCCAGAACUGGACCUUCCACGGUCCUGGAGCCACAGGUCAAGCCGCAGCUAACUGGAUUGCAGGGUUCGGUCGUGGUCCCAUGCCACCCACUCUGUUGGGCAUUAGGCAAAAUUUACACAAUCAGCACCGGCGGCUGCUCGGGAUGGAGGAGGUGAGGUCAGAGAGGAGGCUGGGCAGGAUGUUCUACACCAUCACCCUGCUUUUCCUGGUCCUCUGGGCACCCUACAUCGUCGCUUGCUUCUGGAGGGUGUUUGUCAAGUCCUGCACCAUCCCACAUAGGUACCUCUCCAUCACAGUGUGGAUGAGCUUCGCCCAGGCUGGAGUCAACCCCAUCUUCUGUCUCCUGCUUAAUGAGGACCUAAGGAAAGUGCUGAGAGCUCACCUGCCCACUUACUGGAGGACUAAACAACACCUGCCCCAGGAUGAGGCCUACUGCAUCAUGUGAGAAGAAACAAGCGUAAUGAGGGGAAUGUUUCAGGUUUUAAAGGGAAAAUUUGGAGAAUGGAAGUGUUGAAAUGCACCUUGCUAAAGGGUCAGUGUCUGUUUUGUUGUUUUGCACAGCAAGAUCCUUUUUUUUUGCUAACAAAUGCAGACAUGGUGCCGUUGUAUGAAGAAUGUCGAUAACUGAAUAAAUGUGCCAUUUGCAGUGGUUUUGGAUGGGGCUAUAGCUAGACCUCACUUUAAUGGUUUGUAUUACUGAUGAUGUACCGUGUGGUUAAUUAAUAGGAAAGAUCACAACAAUCAUGACUCCAAUUCAAGUGUGACAGAUGCCAUUUUAAAAUAACGUUGCCUUAUUUCAGAGGGACACACCCUAGAUCUUUCAGCUGAGUUUCUGUGUCAUGAAAGGCACAAAACAGACACAGGAGAAGGUUGAAAUCCUUGAAGAAAUGUGCCAUUGCUGUGAAUAGAACGUGUUGAUCAGAGCGUUACUAACUCUGAAACACAUCAAGGAACUCAAAAGGUCUGAACGGAUUGAUAGACCACCCUGGACGCCUUUUUAUGUGAUUCAAAGGAGACUGCAGAACAUCAAGUGGACCCAGUAACCUUGGAUAAAAUUAAAUAGCUGUUGUGAACCCAGAAGCCCCUAACAUGCUUGAUUUUUUUGGACUUGAUUUAGGGCGUGUCAGGUUUCUUUGUAUCAUAAAAAAAGAAAAAAGAAAAAAAAAGAAAGAAAAAAAAUUGCCUGUUUUCCUUUAUUUGUAAAUGAUACAUGUUAAGCAGAUGACACUAUUUUGAAAUAUGACUUGAUUUCAUAUUGUAUAGACUGUACAGGAAUGUCUAUUCCUGCUUGUGUGUUUUUAUAUAGCAUUCGUGUGUAUGUGUGUGAAAGGGGAAAGGUAGAAAAAGGGGAGGGAGGCAGGAAGAGACCGACAGAAACGAUGAUGACAGAACAGGUUCCAGUAACACAGAGUCAAUAUGAAAGCAGCCUCAUCUUGUGGUCUCCAAAUCCUACAAAACUGAGCGUCCGUCAUAUGGAAAUUCAUCCGUCAAAUGGAUUGCUUUAACUGGCCUGAUGUUUUAAAUGCUAAUGUGCAAGUAAAUGUGAAGUACAGAUGGAAAAUGAAAAGGCAGACAGAAUAAUUAGAAAAACAACACUUGUACUCUGCAAACAGGCCAUGGGAUUUAAUGACUUGAAUGAUGAUGUAUUUUUAAAAAAUCAUUAGCAAAUCUAUACAUUUGUUUGCAAAUGAUCAUCUUGGGAAUGUUUUAAAGUACUGUUACGCUCUCAUAAGAAUACAAAAAAAAAAAGAAGAAAAAAAGGAAUUGAAAUGGCAUUUAAUGUGAAGGAAACUUGAAUGUUACCAUUGUCCUCUUACAUUUUCCCUCAGCAUAAAUGUCACCAAUGGAGUGUCUGGAUUACAGUAUGUUUAAAAUCAAAACCUCUUCGGGCAGGAAACGACCCCCGCGUGUAAUGUACGGAAACCGGCUUAGACUACACAGAGCUGUCUCUCCAAAUUAAGAUUCAUGUAAUGCAAACGUCUGACUUACAGUAUGUUAGGCAUAGAUAUAUUUGUGCAGUCAAUUUUCUAAAUGUGGACACUUGCACAGCAUACUGUAUUAGCAUGCAUUCCACUGCAUUUCAUAGAUUCAAGACUGGGGAUUACAACUUGUACAGAUGUUGACGCGGAAGUGAAACGUGAACAGAGGUCCAUAAUUUUUACGUCUGGCAUUCCUUCGCGAGAUGAUAUUCUGUAACUGUACAGUUUAACUGAGGUGGUUCUUUUACCCACUCAUCAAUAAAGACUCUACUUUUGAUGCA